CUUUCUGUCACAUAAAAAGCCAUUUUCAAACUCCACCCAUAACCACUAAUCCCAUUUCCCCCCUAAAUUAAAGUCUUUGACUUUAAUUCCCUCUCUCUAUCUAUCUUUCUUUUCUUUUCUCUAAUAAUAAGAUGCCAAUCCACUAUUCCACUCCACUUUAUUCUCUACUUCUUCUCCUCAACUUUCUUCUUCCUUUUUCCUCACCAUAAUCUUCGAAUCAGUUCUUCACACUUUACCAGUUUUCUUUUAACUGUCACAAGUACACGUGUCUUGUAAAUGUGUUCACACCAAAAUUGGUGUUUCAAACUUGUCAACUUUCUUCUGCUUGAUCAAUCUUAACACACACACACACACAGAGUAGAGUGAGGAAGAGGGAUAUGGGUUCAGUAGAUUUGGAUGAUAUAAUAAACCGUUUAAUUGAAGUUCGACAUAGACCAGGGAAACAAGUUCUGUCUGAAUACGAAAUCAGGCACCUUUGUCUCAAAUCUAAAGAAAUUUUCUUGCAACAGCCUAAUCUUCUUGAGCUUGAUGCACCUAUCAAGAUCUGUGGGGAUAUCCAUGGUCAGUAUUCUGAUCUACUGAGGCUAUUCGAAUAUGGUGGAUUUCCUCCAAGAUCCAAUUACCUAUUCUUGGGCGAUUAUGUGGAUCGUGGGAAGCAGAGUCUGGAAACAAUAUGCCUUAUGCUUGCAUAUAAAAUAAAGUAUCGUGAGAACUUUUUCCUUUUGAGGGGAAAUCAUGAAUGUGCUUCUGUGAAUCGUAUAUAUGGAUUCUAUGAUGAGUGUAAACGAAGGUUCAAUGUUCGACUGUGGAAGAUAUUCACAGAUUGUUUUAACUGCAUGCCUGUGGCAGCUCUGAUUGACGAAAAGAUAUUGUGCAUGCAUGGCGGACUCUCCCCCGAGCUUUAUCAUCUGGAUCAGAUAAGGAACCUCCGCCGACCAACUGAUGUUCCAGAAGCUGGACUCCUUUGUGAUCUUUUAUGGUCAGAUCCUAGUAGAGAUGUGAAAGGGUGGGGAAUGAGCGAUAGGGGCGUGUCCUAUACCUUUGGCCCAGAUAAGGUGACAGAAUUUCUUCAGAAGCAAGAUCUUGAUCUCAUUUGCCGUGCCCACCAGGUUGUGGAAGAUGGAUAUGAGUUUUUUGCUAACAGACAGCUAGUGACUAUUUUCUCAGCCCCUAAUUAUUGUGGAGAGUUUGACAAUGCUGGUGCUAUGAUGAGUGUGGAUGAGACACUAAUGUGCUCUUUUCAGAUAUUAAAGCCGGCAGAGAAGAAGCCUAAGUUUGGAUUUGGAAGCACCACUUAUAAAAAUGGAACUCUAACCAAAACAAAGUCAUUUAUGGGUAAAAUAGGAUGACAUGCGACGAACACUUCAGUUUUAUCACCUCAAUGAGCUCCGUGGCAUGCAGCCUUGUCAGAUAUCAGGCUCGGGUUGGAAGCAUCAAAGAAGACUCGGAAGAUGAAGAUACCUAUGCAUGAUAGGAAUCGAGAAAUCUGUGACAAUUCUGAUUGAUGUGUAUAAUAUAAACCAAAAUCUGGUGAACGCGGCCUCUAGUAUUCACCAGCAAAAAGGUUUACUAACUUUUCACCCUCUUAUUCAGGGAACUUUCGUGUGCAGUCUGAUACAGGAGAAAGGAUGAUACCGGUUAUGUGUAGGAGUGUAAACGAGUCGGGCUGUUUGUGAACAAAUCUUCAGCUCAAGCUCGUUUAUUGAACGAGUUGAGCUGAGCUUGUGCUCAGAUUUCAGCUUGAAAUAGUUAUCAAGCUAAGCUCAAUGAAACUCAGGUUGUUUGUUAGUUCAUGAACAUUUUACAUUGCAAAAAUAUGUACCUGUUUGUGUGAUAUAUACAUGCGCGCACGCUCUCUCUCUGUGUGUGUGUUUUGUGU